AUGGCCAAACAAUUCGACGAGGCUGAACAACAGGAAAAACAAAAUGGACUUCAGUCUCAUGCAAAUUCGGCGGGACUAAAUUUGGGAUUAGAUGCUAACAUCGUGCACGAAUCGCUUGAGAAGCGAAUCAACUGGACUGCCUACAAAGUCUAUUGGCGAUCUGCAGCUUUCAAUUCUGAUGAUACUAGAAUGCCGGUUGCAACGCGCGCACAAAAGCGAAAGCGAGAACCGGAACCAACGGAGAUUCAAGGCAAAUUUGGCGGGACGCAAUUUGGAAUUAUUGGAUACGAGAAUGCCGGUUGCACCAAUCGA